AAAGUCCUUGAAGAACCACGGGAAUUUCGUUUUCCGUAUAUUAAUUUCCUUUAUGACGUCAUUCAACUGACAAUUGUCAUCGGUGUUGAUUGAGAGCGACAUCUUUAGUGAUUAUAGUUAGAUAGGAUAAUUUAUCAAGAAUACAAAUUUUGAAUUGGUUUGGUUAAUUUUCUACAUUGUAUGGGAGGAAGUUCAUCGGACAUGUCCUCUCCAAUCGUUGUUCCUGCUACAAAUAACCACACAGCUACAAUAAUAUUUCUUCAUGGACUAGGUGAUACUGGGGAACAAUUUGUUCUAUGAAAUGUAUUAACAUACUGAUGAGGAUUGGAAGAUCAAAAUGCAUUUAUGAGAAAAAUAAAGAAAAUAACAAACCAUGGAUGGGCUCUUGCUAUGGAGUCAUUUAAAUCGCCCCAUAUAAAAUUCAUUUGUCCAUCUGCAUCUCCCAUGCCAGUCACAUUGAAUGGAGGAAUCCAAAUGCCAUCUUGGUUUGAUCUGAAGACUUUGGAUGCAACUGGUCCAGAAGAUGAAGAAGGCAUAAAAAAUGCAUGCCAGAAAAUUCAUAAUUUGAUUGAAGAAGAAACAAAAUCAGGUAUUCCAAGCAAUAGAAUAAUGUUGGGUGGUUUUUCACAAGGAGGAGCUCUAGCUAUUUAUUCAGCUCUACGGUAUCCAAAAUCUUUGGCUGGUGUACUUCUCUUCAGUUGUUGGUUGCCUUUAAACAGACAGUUUCCAGGAGCUGCAAUUAAUAAUACUGAAAUUCCAGUAUUACAAUGUCAUGGUGAUAUAGAUAAUACUGUUCCACACAAGUGGGGUGUAAUGACUUAUGAAAUACUGAAAUCUUUUAUGCCAAAACUGCAGUUCAAGACUUAUAAAGGAAUGCAGCAUACAUCAUGUGAAGAAGAAAUGAAAGAUGCUCACCAAUUUAUACAGACUUGUCUACCUCCUGUGUAAGACUAAAUAAAUUAUUUUUGAGAUGAA